AUGCCCCAAGCGGUUGAUUCCUACUACACCGCCGGCACGGUGAUGGACACUCUAAGAGUAUUUCCAACCCUGAAGAAAAACUGCUACACCAUCAACAAUCUGAACAAUGGGGAACGAAUUCUCCUGCGUGCAAGCUUCUUCUAUGGAAACUAUGAUGGAAAACACUUUGCUCCAACCUUUGAUCUUCUGUUAGAUGGCAACCUGUGGGGGAAGGUGAAUUUGUCGAUAUAUUCAGAAGAUACAAUCCUUUAUAGGGAGUAUAUUUAUGAUGUGAAUGGAAAUUCUACUUCCUUAUGCCUUGCUCAAACGCUGCCUGACCAGCUGCCACUCAUAUCUGCGCUCGAGCUGCGCAGCUUGGGUUCCAAAAUGUAUAGGCAUGCUGGUUCCAAUCAUGUUUUGAGCACGACUGCUAGAUUUGCGCUAGGUUCACCCAAAGAUCGACUAUGGUUUGCUUAUGGGGCGACUGGGCCAGAAGAGCAGAUCAUCACGAGUGCUGCUUCCGCCAUUGAUGUUAGCACCGCAGAAGAUCAACCUCCGAAAGCCGUCGUGCAAAACGCCAUCAUCGCCACCAGCACCAGGUGGAGACCCGCUUUGUAUACCAAUCUCCGGGGAGAAUUCAGCAUCUAUAUCAACAUCUACUUCUCAGAAGUACUGACUCUGUUGAAGACUCCAGAUGAGAAAAGAUCCAUUCAACUUUACAUGGACAACAAGCCUAUUUUAAACCCCAUUGUUCCACCCUUUGGAAGCGUUUUACAGGUUUAUCUUGCUAACAUAACUGCUUCUCCCAACAAUACUUUCACUCUUGGGGCUACCUCCGAUUCCUCGCUUCCUCCUCUCAUCAAUGCUUAUGAAGUUUACAAAGUUGGUGAUUUCCUGCCUCACAGAACCAAUAGGAAAGAUGUGAGGUUUAAUGGCACUGCAAAUGGCUUUCGAGGUCUUAGUAAAAUGGAGUGGGGACCCAUGUCUUCCUUCACCAUACUGUUUAAUUGCAGUGAUUUGCAGAGUAACAGCUUUGAUGGACCUAUUCCUAAAUUCUUUGGCUCCUUUCCAAAUCUAAAACUAUUGGUAAAUGACAAUUGUCUCAAUGGAAUGGUGUGUGCACUAUCGGUUGACGCUCCACCGCCAUUGAUGACACCACCGCCACAACCGAACGCCCCUUCGUUGUCGCCAACAUCUGGGACUGCGCCACCACCCGAUCUAUUUAACACUCCACCAUCGAACCAAGCUUUAACACCCUCUCCCAAUGGUAACAAGAAGAUUGCUGAGGAGCUCCCAAUCAUAUUGGAAGCCACAAUUCAAAUAUUCCUACUAUCUUUGCUCUUCUUUUAG